GGGCUGCGCUGCUUUGGCCGCGGCGCUGGGCGGACCCGUGGUGCUGCUUGCGAGCUCUCCGAGCCUCAGUGCGAUCCCGCGGCAGGGGCGCAGUAGGAUCCCGGCGGGGUCUCAGCGAGUCGAGCUCACAGACGAGAGACAUGGAAGGUGGUUAUUCCUCAGCUGUAGAUUGUGAAGUCCCAAAUAAUGACCACCUGGAGGAGGGGAGGAGCAGCAAGUCUGCUGCCUCUGAGGAUCCAGGGACCCUGGAGAGCUCCACGCUCUCCCCCAAAAGGGACGUCCCAGAGGCCCCGGAGGAGGAGUUGGAGGAGUUGGAGUCCGAGGGCCCCCUUAGUGAGCAGGAUCUGAAGGAUGCCUACCUCCAGCUCGUCCAAGGUGUGCAGGAAUGGCAGGACGGCUGCGUGUACCGGGGGCAGUUCGGGCUGGACAUGAAGUUGGGAUCCGGAGAAUUCUCGUGGCCGACGGGUGAGUCCUACCAAGGGCAGUUUUACCGGGACCACUGUCACGGCUUUGGCACCUACACAUGGCCAGACGGCUCCAGUUUCACUGGCAUGUUUUACCUCAGCUCCCGAGAAGGCUAUGGCACCAUGUACACAAAGACAGGUCUCUUCCAGGGGCUGUACAAAGCGGACGAGCGCUUCGGGCCGGGCGUGGAGACCCACCCUGAUGGCAGCCAGGAUGUGGGGCUGUGGUUCCGGGAGAACCUGGUGAAGCUGUGCACGGACAUGCCCAGCGGCUUCUCCCUACGCAGGUACCCCGAGUUCAAGGCCUUCCUCAUGCACUGUCCCGCCAGACUCAGCCUCUCGGACGAGGACACCAUGCAAUGGGACCUGCAUGAGGAGCAGGACCCCUUUUUCUACGACUAUAAGCGGUUUCUGCUGAACGACGACAUAACUCUGCCUCCGAAAACGCACAUCUACUCCACCGACCACAGCCACAUGCCCCUGACCCGCUCUUUGCGUGAAGACCUGGACGCCUGGAUCUUCCGCCAAGAUGUCCCUCCGCAUGUAGAGGACGGAGAACCCUGGUUUAUCAGAAACGAGACCCCCUUAAUGAUCAAGAUGCAGAAGCAGAUUUACAAGUUCAGGAACAAGAAGGUGCACACCAGCUGGAACAUGGGGGCCAUCCUGGAGGGGGACCGGAGUGGCUUCGCGCGCCCCGGGCCCAAGGAGCAGCUUUCCAGGCAGAUGAUCCUAAAGGCCGAGGAAGGGGACUGUGACUGGAUGUACGGGGUGCUGAGGGGCGGCCUUACCAGCCCCGACGUGGCCGAUAUGCAGGGCUACACUGUGCUCGCUGCGGCCGCUGUUCACUGUCACACUGACGUCGUCAACCUGCUGCUGGACAGCGGGGCCAAUGUGAACAAGUGCACGGAUCAGGGCCUCACGCCACUCAGCAUGUGCUUCCUCCUCUACUACCCGACCAGGUCCUUCCAGCCCAACGUGGCCGAGAGGACGGUGCCCAAGCCCCAGUGCUUUCCAAAGGAAGCUCCAAAACUCUCAGCAGCUCGAAACCAUUCCUCUUUAUUCUGCCAAUCGGACUCACUUUACCAUGAGGCCUUGGUCCCCGCCCAAGGCAACCAGGAGCCCGUGGACCCGAGGGGCGCCUGCCAGAGGCGGGGGUCCACAUCGCCGAAGGGCAGCAUCAGCGACCUGAACGACGCGUUGGGGAACCUGGACAGGAGCACGCUGUGCAGCCAGGAGACGAACUUCGAGUCCAACCUGUGUGUGUACAACCUGUCCCUCGAGCUCUCCAGGGACGUCCUGGAGAAGAGCGCCUGGGCCCACAGCAUGCUCCAGGUCCCCUCCUUUGGCGACAGCAGCUCCGACAAAGGGACCAUGAGGCAGAUGGCGCUGUCCGUGACGGAACACAGAAACAGGUGGCUGACCAUCAACCUCCUGCUGCACCGAGGCGCGGACCCCAACCUGUGCCGCGUGCCCCUACAGGUCCUGUUCUUAGCCGUGAAGGCCGGGGACGUGGACGGGGUAAAGCUGCUGCUGGAGAAAGGCGCCAGGACUGACAUCCAGUUCCCCCCCGAGCUGGGGGCCCUGACCCCCCUCCACAUUGCAGCCGCCCUUCCCGGGGAGGAGGGCAUCAGGAUAACAGAGCUGCUGCUGCACGCCGUCACGGAUGUGGAUGCCAGGGCCGCCGACCAGGACGACGUGUACAGACUGGUCAAGCUAGACCUGUGGCCUUCGAGCCUGAAGCUCAACAAUGAAGCAGGCCCACCCAGUAUCUACUACAGUGGGCACAUGUCGGUCCCGGACGAGGGGGGCAGGACGGCUCUGCAUGUGGCUUGUGAGCGGGAGGACGACACCAGGCGUGCCAGAGACGUCGUCCGGCUGCUCCUGUCACAUGGAGCAAACACCAGCCUGCUGUGGAGUGGCCACUCCCCUCUCUCCCUGUCCAUCGCCAGUGGAAACGACCUGAUUGUGAAGGAGCUUCUGUGCCAUGGCGCUGACCCCAACCUGCUCCUGACUAGAGGCUUGGGCAGUGCCCUGUGUGUCGCCUGUGACCUCAUGUAUGAGACUCAGAGAAGCAUGGAUAGCAAGCUGGCCCUGAUUGACCAGCUCAUUAAUUACGGGGCUGACAUCUUGAACCCCGUGACGCUCACGCAGGGGGACAAGGUGGCUGUGGGCACGGCCGUGGACUACGGGUAUUUCAAAUUCUACCAGGACCGGAAGAUCGCCCACUGCCCCUUCCACACCCUGCUGCCGGCAGAGCGGGAGGCGUUUCUGGCCCGGAGGAAGCUCCUGGAUUACAUGGGCUUCCAGCUGCGCCGCGCCGUCCUUGCCAAGGAGAGCCAGUGGGACCUGAAGGCGGUGUACCUGAGCAAGAAAGCGGAGCUGAUCGCCUGCCACAGGCUGAAGCAAAAGGGCGCCCGCCUGCCCAAGGCGCUGUACGUGGAGAAGGAGCUGCAGAUCCCCUUUUUCAGGUUCUGCUCCCAGUGCGGCCGCUCCGUGGGGGUCCGCCUGGCACCCUGCACACGCUGCUACGGCAUCCUGACCUGCAGCAAGAGCUGCAAGACCAAAGCCUGGGCCAGCUUCCACAAGAGGGAAUGUGCCACCCUGCUGGCCAUCGGGAAAAUGUAUUUGCCUCUGUUCAGAGACAAUAUCCAGAAGUCCCUGAAGCGUCUGGGCACCUCCCAGGUGCCUGCAAGCGCCGAGCUGCCACAGAGGCAAAAGCUCAUCUACUCCAACUACAGCGAUGAGUGAGCCACUGCUGCCCAGGGAAGGAGUUGUGCCACCGGCACUGCCAUGCCUGACCAGAUGUGCGACAUGGUGAGCUGUAGGCCCCGCUGUGCUGCACCCGUCGGGAGCUGCAACGCUUCGGGGAGCCCCUCUGAGGACCCAAGUUCUUCCUCCUGGGGCACACUGCCCGCCUGUGCUGAGGCCCUGCUUCUCGCACUCAGGGGGCCCGGGUGAUAGAGCCUGUGUUGAAUGUUUGCCAGGCUGUGGGUGCAGGCUGCGACGUCCAAAUAAAAGUGACCCUUUGGCGGCUGGUGUCCGUGUUGGCUGCCAGCCUCUGGCUAAGGAGCCAAGCACUGCACUCAAUGGCAUCCCAGGGAGGAGGCUGAAGAAGGGGCUGGCAGCUUUGCCCACGGGUCACGUGGCAGUCUCUGCUUGGGGAGACAGGGUGGCUGGGGCAGAGGCCCCGCUCUGGGGAGGUGCUGGGUGCGGCAGGCAGGGCUCUGGGCCAGAGUGGACCAUCAGGACAUCCUGCCAGGCCCCACCUCAGGACAACGCUGGGCCCCAUGCUCUGGCCUCCUAGGCAUGACUGAGGGUUCCUGGCAAGAACUGGGACCGUCCCCCACAUGUGUCCAGAGCAGGGGAGGGGUGGAUGGCAGGAGACCUCGGCCUUUUCCUUCUCCAGGGCACCAAGUC